AUGUCGUUCUUCCACAUAGUCUCCUUCUCUACGCCGGACGAGUCCACCCUCGCGGCGCUGACCACAGCGCUACGAGAACUCGAGGAGACAGUCAUCACCUCCGAUGGCAGAAAGGCGAUCAAGUCGUUCCGAGGCGGCAAGCAGGUCAGCGAGGAGGGACAUGACAAGGGGAUGAAGGUGGUCUUCUUGAUGGAGUUUGCUAGCGAUGAGGAUUUGCAAUGGUAUCUCUGGAAAGAUCCUGCUCAUCUGAAGUUCAAGUCGAGGAUCAAGUCAGACUUCCAGGUGGACGGUGUGACGGUACUGGACUUCCAAGACGGGUCAUACUAG